UCUAUCCCAUUGUUGUGACGUUGCACCGCAAAGCAACAGGCGGAGAAAAGCACGGAAAUAAAUCAAUGGAAAAACAAAAGGAAUAUUGAGAAACCGAAAAUUAAUUCGACUGAGUUGUUUGUUAAACUUUUUAUUUUAAUAUUUUUAGCCCUUAGCGAUAAAUAAAACUGUACGUUAAUCGUGUUUUUUGGUCUGUCGGGAACGGGAAUGUCCAUUGGCAACACUUCCGGAAGGAAAGUUUUGGAAGGCCUCUGCUCUGACUUCAUCACUUGUUGUACUUUAUAGGACACACAUUCAUUUUGCCCAAGGAUUACCAAAUUUUCACUUUAGUAUAAAGUCGACAGUGAUCAGACAUAAUUAUAAGAAACUUCUGAUCGCCUAAAGGGUGGAAAACAAAAGCAAAAAUGAUGCCGAUGUUCCUGACCGUGUACCUUAGUAACAAUGACCAGCAUUUUACAGAGGUUCCCAUCACCCCUGAUACGGUCUGUCGUGAUGUCAUUGAACUGUGCAAGGAACCAGGCGAAUUCAACUGUUACCUUGCUGAACUGUGGCGGGGCUCAGAGCGACCUAUAAGUGAGAGUGAGAAGAUGAUGAAUCUGUUGCAGCAGUGGGGACAAAAGUCUGACGUGCGAUUCUUUCUACGGCACGGUAGAACACCCAAUCAAGGCUCCAGAGGCUAUAAUCAAAAACAGAACGUUGUGAAAAGACCCACAGACAGACAGACAGAGAAUGGGGUAAACACCCCAUGGAUGGACAUGACUGUAGCAGAGCUCCAAGAAAUGGCUGCAAGACAACAACACCAAAUUGACACUCAAAGAAAUCUCUUGUCCUCUAAGGAGCAGCGCUUGCAUUUUCUGAAGCAGCAGGAUAACAGGCAGCAGCAGGUUUCCUCUGAAAAGCGUAAACUUCAAAGUCUGAGAGACACGAUGGAGAAACAGGAGGCGCAGCUGAAAACCGUGCGUGCACUAAAGGGACAGGUUGAACAGAAACGACUCAGCAAUGGAAAACUUGUGGAGGAAAUUGAGAAGAUGAACAGUCUGCUCCUUCAGAAACAAAGAGAGUUGGUGGUAGCUGUGUCCAAAGCGGAAGAACUGAGCAAACAGCUCGAGACGCUGAAAAAUGGACGUAUAGAUGUGGUUAAUAAUAAACACAACUCUGUGGCCGAGCUGGACCGGCUCUACAGGGAACUACAGCUGAGAAACAAUAUCAACCAGGAUCAGAAUACUAAACUACAGCAGCACCGAGAAAACCUGAAUAUAAAGAACCAGGAGGUGGCUGACAUGGACAAGCGAGUAAAUGAACUGCGAGAUCGCUUGUGGAAGAAGAAGGCUGCUUUACAACAGAAAGAGAAUCUUCCUCAGGUGCCUUCAGAUGGCCAGAUGAUUCAACAAACAGGACUGUCUCGUGUGGCUGCGGUUGGUCCUUAUAUUCAAUCUUCUGUGAUGCCCAGAGGCUCAUUUAACCAGGACCCACUUAAACCCCCUUACCCAGAAGGCACAGCAAUUGCACCACAUGACAGGAGCACUCCUCCAGUUACAGGCAAUUUGACAUCAAAGUUGCCACAAUGGAGUUCAGCCAAUGCCAAGCCUGGCAGCAAUCUCGGGUCGUUUACUCUUCCACGCAUGACGACCCAGACUGCUGAAGAUCAAGGUAACACAGGUGCAUCUAACCAUGACCGCAAAGUUCGCCCGGUUUCAAUGUUUGAGUCCACUGAACCACUUAACCCUCCUUUGCAUAAGAAGCAAAACAGUGUAGACCUUGUGAAAGAUCAGAGUGCUGUCAAGAACACCAUUAAGGUUCCUCCUCCAGUUCCAAGUAAACCUAAACAGUCCAAUCUGUUUGGGACCUUCCCUGGGAAGAGUACAUCAUCCACUCAGCACAAUCACACUGGUUCCCUUUCUGGCCUUCCUCAAGGGAACACUUUACCCCCUCCUUCCAAACAAGAGCCUCCCCUAGCUGCCACUGUACACCCCUUCAGCCCAGAUCCUCCUGGAGCAAAAGACUUACACAAACCCCAAACAGUGACCACCAGUUCAAUCUACUCCAUGUACACGCAGCAGCCCGCAACUGCCAAAACUCAGCAGCAGAACGCACAAGGAGCAUUAAACAGAGCCCAGAACCGAAACAACUUUAUCAGUGUUUAUGGAAAACCAGUAGCUCCAGCAGGCCAGCAACCUCAAAACCCUCAGCAGCUUGAUAACCCAUACCUGGAUGUGGUCAGCGGCCCAGAAGCAGAAAUCGGACACGGUACAGGAAUUCCUGCUUCAGAGAACCAAGAGACUGAACGCAUUCCUAGACCUCUAAGUCCCACGAAACUGUUGCCCUUUAUUUCAAACCCCUACCGCCACCAAAGUGACAUUGAUUUAGAGGCUCUAAGGAAGAAACUCUGCAAUGCGCCGAGGCCACUCAAGAAACGUAGCUCCAUAACAGAGCCUGAGGGCCCUGGUGGGCCCAAUAUGCAGAAGCUUUUGUACCAGAAGACCACUCUGGCUGCUAUGGAGACCACAGUGGGUCCUUCUGGAGAAGAGCAGAAAGUGGCGGCAACAGAACCUCAUGCGUCUGAUGAGGUUUCCCUUGUUAAACCAGAUCAGCCGCUCUCUGAUUCACUGGUGUCUAUGGCCAUAGAAGAAACAAAAGAAGAGGACAACUUUCCUCCACCACCUUCACACCCAGCCCCAAAGCCUGACAUUUCAAUGUUACCUUCACCUCCCCAGGCACCUAGCCCCCCUCCUCCACCUCCCCCGGAGAGCUUCCAAGAAGACUUUCCUCCAUAUCCUCCACCUCCUUAUCCCAGUGGUGCUGAGCAGGAUACUCCAGAAGACAUGUUCAGCAUGAAGCCACCAGAAAUUACUGGACAGGUUCCUUUGCCACCUGGUAAAAGGACAAAUCUGCGUAAAACUGGAUCCGAGCGCAUUGACCAUGGCAUGCGAGUGCGGUUCAACCCUCUGGCACUGUUACUUGACUCAUCUCUGGAGGGAGAGGUUGAUCUGGUGCAGAAAAUCAUAUACGAGGUUGAGAAUGCAAGUCAGCCUAAUGAUGAGGGCAUCACAGCGCUGCAUAAUGCAGUAUGUGCAGGUCAUACAGAAAUUGUCAAAUUCUUGGUGCAAUUUGGAGUCAAUGUCAAUGCAGCUGACAGCGACGGUUGGACCCCUCUGCACUGUGCAGCCUCCUGUAAUAACGUGCAGGUGUGUAAAUUCCUGGUGGAGUCUGGGGCAGCUGUGUUUGCUAUGACCUACAGCGAUUUGCAGACAGCAGCUGAUAAAUGUGAAGAGAUGGAGGAAGGCUACGCUCAGUGCUCUCAGUUCCUCUAUGGUGUCCAGGAAAAGAUGGGCAUCAUGAACCGAGGGGUGGUGUAUGGUCUGUGGGACUAUGAAAGUGACGAGGAUGAUGAACUGUCAUUCAAAGAGGGUGACUGCAUGACUGUGGUCUCCAGGGAUGAUGAGGAGGAGACUGAUUGGUGGUGGGCAUCCAUGGGUGACAGAGAAGGAUACGUGCCAAGAAAUCUGCUGGGGUUGUAUCCAAGAAUUAAACCCCGUCAAAGAAGGCUGGCUUAAUUGAAGUAAAGGAGACUUAAAGUUCACUGCCAUUCCACCAUCAAUACAGACCAAAAGUCAAAACCUCUUUAUGAAGAAGGUCUUCUUUGGACCAUUGUGUUUCUGUCUUUUUUAAAACACUUUUUAACAAAUGUUAAUGUUACAGGGAUGGUCACCAUGUCAUUGUGUUUUGUUUAUCACAAUUUAAGUUAAAACAAACAGGUCUGUGUAUCACUACCUUUUCAUUUAAACCUCUACUUUUAGGUAGAUCUGUAAUAAUAAAGUCUGUGCUUAUCCAAAUGGCUAGUUAUUGUGUUGGGUAUUCUGAAACUUAGACUGUUUUGAUUACAUUAUAAGCAUAGUGUGAUGCCAAACUACAAUGCAAUGGUUUGUGGACAGUUUAACAGCGUUUGCAUAUCUGUAAUCAAUGUUUGGCUACGUUUUAAGAUUAAUUAAAUAUAAAGGAAAUCAUCAGAGAUAUUGAAAAGUAGUGUAAAAGUCUUAAAAUCAUGUUUUACAACACCCUAGACUUUCAGUAUGCCAAAUAUAUGCGCAGACGCUUGCGUAUGUGGGCAGCAACUGGAUAUAAAAUCACACACUAAGGGUUUUUUUAUUCACACGUCAUGGAUUAUAUUUGUCUUUAUUGUUACUGCACAAAAUAAGAUCCUUAUCUUAUUGAUAAGUGGAAUACCAGUUAUUUGCAAUCUUUUUAUUUUAUAUUUUUCUUCUUUAUUUCACUUCUGUUGUAUAUUGCACAUGAUAUUUAACGUCAAUAAAUUUGAGAUCGUAAA